CACCGAUUUUAUACACGAAUUUUGCCAAUUCUCCCCUGAACUGGAAGCAUUCACUCACAAAACUCCUCAUUAAUCUCUUUACUUUCCCUCUCCAAAAUGGAACUCUUCUCUCUCCAAACCCUCCUCCUCUUCUUCCUCUCUCUUUACCUCUAUCUCUUCUUCCUCUCUCUUUACCUCAGACCAAAAUCAACCACAGGCUUCAAAAGCUACCCACUCGUCGGAACCCUCCCGCAGUUCCUCCAAAACCGCCACUGCUUCCUUGAAUGGACCACAGAAGUCCUCUCUCAGUGCCCCACCAACAGCGCCGUCUUCCGCCGGCCGGGAAAAGUUCACGGCGUCAUCACCGCCAACCCACUAAACGUCGAACACAUGCUCAAAACCAAUUUCGUGAACUACCCGAAAGGCAUUCGAUUUAUAACUCUCCUAGAAGACUUUCUCGGCCGUGGCAUCUUCAACUCCGACGGUGAACUAUGGAAGGUUCAGAGAAAAACCGCCAGCUAUGAAUUCAACACAAAAUCCCUCAGAAAUUUUGUCAUUGAGAAUGUAACGGUGGAAAUACAAACCAGAUUGGUUCCGAUGCUUGAAAACGCUGCGAAAUCGAACCGGGUUCUUGAUUUGCAAGAUAUUUUAGAGCGAUUUGCUUUUGAUAAUAUAUGUAAAGUGGCAUUCAAUCUUGAUCCGGGCUGUCUCGGAGGCGACGGAACUGCUGGCGGUGAGUUUAUGAAAGCGUUUGAAGAGGCUGCAACGCUGAGCUCUGAAAGGUUUAUGUAUGCCCUACCGUUUCUCUAUAAAAUUAAGAAGCUUUUCGACAUUGGAUCAGAGAAAAGGCUUCGAAAAUCAAUCGAAAGAGUCCACGAGUUUGCUGAUAAAAUCAUACGAUUGAGAAUGGAAGAGAAAGCAGAGAAGAAAGAAGAAGAUCUAUUAUCUCGAUUUAUUGGUGACAUGGACAACUCGGCCAACUCGGCCGAGUUUCUCCGAGAUAUCAUCAUAAGUUUCAUUUUAGCAGGUCGAGACACGACUUCAUCAGCUCUAAGCUGGUUUUUUUGGUUGCUAUCAUCAAGAAUUGAUGUGGAGCGAAAAAUAUUAUACGAACUCGAUACGAUUCGAACACCUGACAGGAAAAAUGUUGGGGAAACUUAUAGUUUCGAUCAAUUACGUGAAAUGCAUUAUCUUCAUUCAGCAAUUUCGGAGGCCAUGCGACUAUAUCCUCCAGUACCAGUGGAUACAAAGGCUUGUCGGGAAGACGAUGUCUUGCCUGACGGAACCACUGUUGGAAAAGGGUGGUUUGUUUCAUAUCACACCUAUGCCAUGGGAAGAAUGGAAAGUGUAUGGGGCAAAAAUUGCUGCGAGUAUAAACCAGAAAGGUGGCUUGAAAAUGGGGUUUAUAACCAAGAGAGUCCGUUUCGGUUUCCGGUAUUUCAUGCCGGACCAAGAAUGUGUCUUGGGAAAGAUAUGGCCUAUAUUCAGAUGAAGUCUAUUGCAGCUGCGGUGUUGGAGAGGUUUGAGAUUGAUGUAUUGGAGAAAGACAAGUGCCCUGAGCAUUUGUUGUCUUUGACUCUAAGGAUGAAAGGUGGGUUAUCUGUAAGGGUUAAAGAGAGAUGUGUGGCACUGGUUAAUUGAAUGGAUCUAUAUGUGAUUAUGUGGUGAAGUUAUAUAUUUGCCUAAAAAAUCCAUUAGCUAUUAGUCUUAAAUCAUAAGAGUUUUGCUUUAGCUUUCAUUUGUCAGCAGGUUUUUGCGUUUUAAUUGUUCUCUUUUAUUUGUUUGGUGUAUAAAUUUUGUUGGAAAGUCUUUGGAUUGUAAUGUUGACCCUUUGUUAUGAUAAACAAACUGUUUGGCAUGUAGAGAAAGGAAGAAAAGGAGAGCUUUUUGUUUCUUUCUCUUGUUUUUUUUUAUUUUC